GGCAGCAGACGGGCGGGUUCGGUGAUACAGUCCGCUGUGCCGGCCGACACCUCCGACCGCAUCGGCACCGCAUCCUGAGCUCUCCCGUCACUCUCCCGUCAGUAAUGGCGGGAGCCGGCGGCAGCCUCUCGGUAACGCCGACGCCCAGCAUCUGCCGGCACUUCAACGCGCCGGCCGGCUGCCGGCGGCCCGACUGCCGGGCGCUCCACGUCUGCUUCUACUUCGUGACCAGCCAGUGUCGGUUCGGGGCGCGCUGUCGACUGCCGCACACCCUGGAGACGGAGCGGACGGCGACGCUGCUGCGCCAGCUCGGCGUCCCGGCCGGCCGCCGGCAGCCGCUGCAGCUGCUCACCGAGCUGCGCUGCCAGUACACCUCGGCGGGGGCCGGCAGCGGCCCAGCGACAGCGGCCGGCGGACUGCCGCCCGUCUGCCUUCACUACAACGGCAGCGGGUGUCUGAAGGAGGACUGCCCCUCGCUGCACCUCUGCUACCUUAUGGUGACGAGCCGCUGCCCCGGAGGCCGCUGCCGCAGGAGUCACAGUCUGAGCAGCCCGCAUAACGCGAGCGUGCUGCAGCGGAGCGGCAUCGACUACUUCAACACCUCUGCGGUGCUGGGCAGACUGCGACGGGAGGCUGACGAGCGCCCGCUGCGGCCAACCGUCUGCCGCCGCCACAACAGCCGCGCCGGGUGCCUCUCCAGCGACUGCCUCGCCCUGCACUGCUGCUUCCACUACGCGCGCGGCGACUGCCUGUACGGUUCACGCUGCAGGCUGGAGCACCGCCUCAGCAGCGAGCACAACCACCGCGUCCUGCGCUUCUUCAACGUGGGCGCGUCCAGCGCGCUGCGGGAAGUCAGGGAAGAGCUGGGCGCCUCAGCGCCGGCCGAGCCGCCGACCGUGGCCGCGGAGCGGGCCGCCGGAGCUGACCGUCUGCUGGAGGAGCGGGCGGAGCAGACGGGCCGGCUGCUGGAGGCGCAGGCGGAGCAGACGGGCCAGCUGCUCGAGGAGCGGCAGCGGCUGGAGCAGACGCUGCAGACGGUGGCGCGGCUCGGCCUGGAGGCGGAGCGGGAGCUGGUCGACACUCGGCGCACCGGGCUCGCCCUGCAGGCCGAGGCCGAGCACGUGACGCUGGUGGCCGAGGAGCGGGAGAGAGAGCUGGCCGCGCGCCACGGCACUCUGCUCGCCGAGCGCGACAGUCUGGAGCGCAGCCUGCUGGUCACGGCCGAGGGCAGCGACCAGCUGGAGGGCGUGGUGGGCGGCCUCAACGCCAAGCUCUCCGCCCUGGAGGUGGACUACGAGCGGAGCCGACAGGAGCAGCAGCGGCUGGCCGCCGCCCUGGAGCAGGAGCGCCUCCUGCAGCGGGAGCAGCAGGAGCAGCGCGAGCAGGAGCUGGAGCGGGCGCUGGUCUGCAGCGUCUGCCUGGAGCUGCUGGUGCGCGCCACCACGCUCGGCUGCAGCCACACGUUCUGCCGCGACUGUGUGGACUCGGUGCAGCAGCGGGCCGCCGGCGGAGCCGUCUGUCCCAUGUGCCGCGCGCCCAUCGUCACCCGGACCGCCUCCGUCACGCUGGACCAGAUGGUCGAGCGCGCCGUCAACUCCAUGAGCCACGAGAAGCGCGCUGCGCGGCAGACGGUGCUCCGUGAGCGCGGACUGGCCGCCGAGCCGUAAACUCACGGCGGCACCGCCAGUUGAGCCGGUGGAUUUCAUGGAAAGUGUGUGUGGCUGCGUGGUAAGGCUCAGACAUUUUAGAGCCACUCCAAAACAAAAAUGUGGGACGCAUACCAACUCACUUUUUGACUAUUUGUAGCACUAUAAUGACUAUAUGAUUUAUGCUCAUUCUCUUAUGCUCUUAUGCAGACGACUUGUCUUUUGCAUAAAAGAUAGGCAAAGACUGCGCUGUUGAGUGCAGGAUGCAGUGCAGUCUCCAGCAGCAGCAGCAGGUCAGGUUAGAUGUUUAGAUAUGUAGUUUGAGUUACUUGGGCAGUUAGGACCAAGUUAGGACUAGGUAGGCAUAAGGCAGUGUUAGCGUGCGCUUCUAGUGACACAUGAGUCAGGAAUCGUAAUUCGCAAGUUAGCCAUGAGCGUGACAUGCAUGACAGAUGACUGGCAUAAUGAACAUGGGUCGCUCAAACCAGGCUCAAACACCCGUUUGCCUACCUGUUCAUGCCGUGAUGUCCGUUGCCGAGCCAGGGAUUGUUUCCCGUGCCGCGGUGCAUCUUGUAAGAUCAAGAUGACCUCGUCGGAACCGACUUUCGAGAGUCAAGUACCUAAUUCCGGAAAUAAAGACUAGUCACUAU